AUGCUACGCGUCGUUUCAAGGUCGCCAGGAUUUUGGCAGCGCUUCCUGCGACGCAUCUUCAGAGCUCAGGAUUUCUAUAGCAGCAUUAGGCUGAUUGUUGGAAUGGCUCUGCUGCUGGGCAUAACUCCAUAUUAUGUGACCCGUGACGGUUGCUACGGCGAGCAGAUGGUGCGUGAACCCUGGUUUGGAUUUGCCAAUGCCAUCAUUCGUUGGCUUAUGUUUGCCUUUUGCUAUUGGCACGCCCAUCGGCACAAUGACUCCCUAAUUGGCUACUUCAUGCGCAAUCACAUCUCGGAGGUGAGCAGCCGACUCCAUGAUAUAGCUGGCGUCGGUACCGCUGUGGUCCUUUUCAUUAUGCCGCUCCUUAUGCGUCGCCAUCUGCGACGAGCCAUUGAGACUCUGGUGCGGAUCGAUCGACGUCUGCGGCGUCUCGAAAACCCCGUCGACUACUUUCAGGUUCAGUAUUCUAUUGCAGUAGUAUUGCUGCUAGUCACCAUCUUGGAUGCAGCCAUUAUAACAAUCUGUGUCGUGUGCCUCGCUCAAAUGGAGGUGCGUCCUUCCUGGGAGCUGACCUUCGUCACGUUCUAUGAACUAAUCGUCGUAUCGAUGACAAUUUGCAUGUUCUGCUUGCUGGCAGUAUCCGUGAAGCGUCGCGUGAGACUAUUGCAUAAGGUAAGUGGAUUGUAA